UCACGCGGCGCGACCACGUGGCCUCAGCUGCGCGACCCGCGACCCACACGGGGCCUGGAAGACGGUAGGGGGAGGGAGACGGGGGGAGGGGGAGAGGAGCGGAGCGGAGCGGAGGCGCCGGUUCCGGGCACCGGGGGUGCCCAUGCCCUUUGGGCAAGGCGCAAGAGGCCGUGGCCUCAGACCGUGUGGGUGCUGAAACUCUGGAUGACAUAGUUCACGAACCAGAACAAAUAGAGCGCGUGGGAGGAAUAGGACAGCAACCAACACAAAUAGAAAAUGUGGACGAAGUAGUACACGAGCCGGCGCAAAUAGAAGACAGGGAAGACGGAGUUCAGGAUUGUGCUUGUGGUCGGUGGUGUUUGUUUGUGGUCAGUGCUGGUGGUCGAUUCCUGUGUUCUGUCAGUGUUGUUGGUCGGUGCCACGUGCUGGUGGUCAGUGUUGGUUCGUGGUGGUCGAUGCUGGUGUUCGGUGGCGUUUGGUGCUGGUGGCGCUGCUGGUCGUGCGGGAACCUGGUGGUGCUGGUGGCGCUGCUGGUGGCGAUGCCGGUCACAGUCAACUGGUGUAUGCAAGGAAGCUGCUUUCAAGUGUGUCCCACCACGUUGUCUCCGUUGCGGCUGUCAACCAUCUUAUGUCGUUGCUGUCGUAGUGGAUAUGCUGCCGUGGGCGAGUGGCUUCGUUGGUGUUGCCUUGUGCGGCUGCGUCGCUGGUAGUCGGGUGCAAACUUUUGAGAAAUUUUCGAAUGUCGUCGUCCCACCGCUUUUGUUGACCACCAUGUUUCCGAUAGCCCUGCUGACUCUCGUCAAGAGACAGGUUCCAGUUCAUUGCUCGUUGUGUCCAUCGGUUCGGUGGGUGAUGUGCUACUCGUGCGGCCCAGCGCCAGACCUUUUUUCUGUGUAUUUGCUCCACGCCAGGGAUGUCGUGCAUGCUCAUUAGCCCUUCGGCUCUGCGCGUGCUACGACGGAUGAUGUCGGACCACAGCUCGCUGUCGUCCGUCGUCUGGUCGUCGCUAGUGUCUUCACGCGGAGUAGGCGGGUGGCUGGAUGCGUCGCGGUCGCUGGAAUCGUUGGGAUCGUCUCUGCUGGGGUCGUGGUCGUUGUGGGUGUCCGUGGGCGGGGUGGGGUGUGUUGACGUGCGAGUGUUCGUGCGCCUUCUCGGUGUUCCGAUGAUCGCUCUGACCAUUCGUCGUUCUGUGCGGCGUAGCUGUUGCCUGAGAGGCUCUGUUAAGGUCCACGUCUCUGCGCCGUACGUCAAGGUGGGUAUUACAGUGCCACGGUAGAGUCGCAGCCUGUGCUGGAGUGGGUAAUGUUUGCUCGUGAGCUCUUGUCUGUGCCCUGUGAAGCAUGCCCACGCAGCCUGUAUGCGAUGUUGGAUCUCUGUAGCCGAAGCGUCCUGGAACGUGAUCGUCUGGCCGAGGUACGUCAGCUUGCCGGUGCACGGGACAAAUUCGAUGUCGAUGUUUGAUGUUUGCAAUCGUGGCCUUGCGCGUUCGAAUCC